CGCCCUCUCAAUAUGCCUUCCCCUUGAGCUGGCAGCAGAGAGAAAGAAAUAGAAACGCCACACAGCUGUCAACCGAGGAAAGGACAUCUACGGCCCGGCCUCACGGUGCACUCAUUCGGGGCCAGACUGCAGCUUUCUCCCUCGACAUAUACACAGCCUUUCUUGCUCAUACUUCCACACUGCUCAAGGCGCAUGCUCCGACGUAGUUGCGGUGCAGUUGUUUGACAGGAUAUAGCAGUGACACUGAAAGACUAAAGAUGACGACUUCAUGGAGUGACAGACUGCAAAAUUAUGCUGACCUGCCUGCCAACAUGGACAGAAUAACAAUGAAAAAAUACAGACGAGAGCCCUACCAUAGAGUGUUUGUCAACAGAAGUCUGGCAAUGGAGAAGAUUAAGUGCUUUGGUUUUGAUAUGGAUUACACUUUGGCAGUGUAUAAAUCACCAGAGUAUGAGUCUCUUGGAUUUGAGCUAAUAGUGGAGCGGCUGGUUUCCAUCGGUUACCCUCAGGAGUUGUUCAGCUUUGUCUACGAUUCGUCCUUUCCUACCAGAGGCCUUGUAUUUGACACUAUGUACGGAAACCUGUUGAAGGUCGACGCCUACGGUAAUAUACUGAUCUGCGUCCAUGGAUUCAACUUUAUCAGAGGCCCUGAGAUCCGUGAGCGCUACCCAAACAAGUUCAUCCAAAGAGAUGAUACAGAGCGCUUUUAUAUUCUCAACACACUCUUUAACCUGCCAGAGACCUAUCUCUUUGCAUGUCUAGUGGAUUUUUUCUCCAACUGUGAUAGAUACACAAGCUGUGAAAUGGGCUUUAAGGACGGCGACCUCUUCAUGUCUUACAAGAGCAUGUUCCAGGAUGUUCGCGACGCUGUUGACUGGGUCCACUUCAAGGGCACAUUGAAGGAAAAAACUGUGGAGAACCUUGAGAAGUAUGUCGUGAAAGAUGGAAAGUUGCCUCUUCUCCUCAGCCGGAUGAAUGAAGUUGCCAAGGUUUUUUUGGCUACCAACAGCGACUAUAAAUACACUGAUAAAAUCAUGACUUACCUGUUUGACUUCUCCCAUGGUCCAAAGCCUGGUACUUCACACCAACCGUGGCAGUCUUAUUUUGACCUCAUCCUUGUAGAUGCCAGAAAGCCACUCUUCUUUGGUGAAGGGACAGUGCUCCGACAAGUGGACACGACCACAGGACGACUAAAGAUUGGCACCUACACAGGACCGCUGCAGCAUGGCAUUGUUUAUUCUGGAGGUUCCUCAGACAUCGUUUGUGACUUGCUUGGUGCCAAAGGGAAGGACAUCGUGUACAUCGGGGACCAUAUCUUUGGAGACAUACUCAAGUCCAAGAAACGGCAAGGCUGGAGGACUUUCCUGGUCAUACCUGAGCUUGCCCAGGAGCUGCACGUGUGGACCGACAAGAGUUCUUUGUUUGAGGAACUACAAGGUCUGGACAUUUUCUUGGCAGAACUCUACAAACAUUUGGACAGCAGCAGCAACGAGAGGCCCGAUAUCAGCACUAUCCAGAGAAGAGUCAAGAAAGUCACACAUGACAUGGACAUGUGCUACGGCAUGAUGGGCAGCCUUUUCCGCAGCGGCUCCAGGCAGACUCUGUUUGCCUCCCAAGUGAUGCGCUACGCAGAUCUCUACGCAGCCUCCUACAUCAACCUGCUCUACUAUCCAUUCAGCUACCUCUUCAGAGCCGCACAUGUGCUUAUGCCCCACGAGUCGACGGUGGAGCACAUGCACGUGGACAUUGGCGCCGAGUCGCCGAUGGCCACGCGCAACCGCAAGGAAUUGGAGUGCAAGAGAAACCAGCUGACCCGCUCCUUCAGUGAGAUCAAGCCUCCCAACCUGUUUCCUCAAACCCCGCAGGAGAUCACCCACUGCCACGAUGAAGACGAUGAUGAGGAGGAAGAGGAAGAAGAAGAAGAGGAAGAAGAAGAAGAAGAAGAGGAAGAAUGAAGUACUUUCAGUAAUUUAGAGGUUUGCUAGUUUGGCAAAAGUGGAAAAUCCUUCACUGUGUGUUUGUUUGUUUGUGUGUGCCUGCGUGUGCGUGCGUCAUUACUUGACAUUUUAGAGUAAAGUGUGACAGACCAGCACACAAAACGGGAUUACCCGACCGUCACAAAACUGCACGCAUGACUGCUCUAUAAAAAAAGCCUUUUGUAAUUGUUAUUUUCUUAAUCGAUUGGAUUCAAAUUGUCAGUUUUUGUCAGUCGUCGAGACACUCCUCCACUGAAGUUUAACGUGACCUUUUCAGGCCUUACUGUAGGAUAAGCUGGCUUGAAGCAUGACAUACUCGUGUGUGUCAGCACGCUUUGUGAAGAAGUGCAUCGAUCGGAUGCAUCACAAUUGAUUUUUUUUAUGCAAAUGGGAACAACGUGCUUUUCGUUUGGUUGAUUUUCUCGACAUUUUACAUGUAUUGGUUUUGCCAAAAGGCAUUGUGCUUGAUACUAAUGUGAAGAUUUGCAAAAUUGAGAGAUGACGUUGCAGUGUUCAGGUGGCCGUUGACCUGUUUUCUCGUUGCCGAGCAACAUCCUGUACAGCAUGCUGAUAAUUGCUAUAACAACAGUGAAGUCAUGCUUCUGUAAAUACCUGUAAGGUGUAAACAGCUGAAGAAGAUAAGAGGAGUAUUUUUAUAGAAACCUGAAAUGUGAGUGUUACAUUUGCAUUUAUUUUUUGGACAGCUCGAUGCAGUUUAUCACUCACUCAACAUGCAGCCUCCGUAUGCAAAAGAUGCAUCCUGGGAUUUUUAAACCUGUUUGUGCUUAUGCAGAGCCAAAACAGUUAAACUGAAGUUUUUUGAAAAGAAACUUUUGAAACAGGUUUUCUUUUUUCUCUGCUUGAUUUGCAGCUUUUAAUUUUAUUUUUAUUUUUUUGGAUGUAGUCACGCAAACGUACAGAUAUGACGCAACCUUUAUCAACUUGAGGACACAUCACAUCAGUAUCUUUUUCUUCUUUAUUUUAUUUAUUAUUUUAUACAUAAGGAAGAUUUUCAUUUUCAGACUUAACUGUGUCUUGAAACCUAAAUGAAAGUCAUUUGCUACAGGAGCAAUUGCGAUCUUUUCGUUUUGUAACUUUCAAAUAUGCACGUUUUUUACAGUGUAUCUUGACUGUAAGCAUUUUAGAAAUUUAUUCACUGCGGUUUACAUAGCAAACAUUUAACCCAACCUGUAACUUAUGAAUAACACAUUCAAAGCUGUAUCUAAAUGUUAACUGCCAUCAACAACUUCUUUUGAGGUCAGGUUAUUUUUAUUUUUAUAAGCUUGUGUUUCGAGAACUAUAAAUGGAAUAUCGUGAUUCCCCCCAUUGUUUCUUAAUUUUUGUAUCACACCAUGCAAGUGUUGAGCCUAUCGACAAUUAAUUAACUGAAGUCAAUGCUUGAAAUGAGAUUUUAUUUGUCAUCUCUCAUUUUCUAAACGACGGUUAUCUUUUAUGUUCUCAUGCUCCUGCCAUUUGUACACUGAAGGAAAUAACCUACAAAUGUAAAAUAAAGAUAGUUUUUCAGA